CAAGCUUACUCAUGAUUGGCAACAGUAGUUUCCCCAGAAAAGUGACUCGGAGCAUUGUCCGGCUCCAAGAUGGUGAUGUCAGUAUCGUUAAAAAAUGGCAACUGAAUUGACUUCCUUUCGCUGGAGAUGGAGCCAGAGGAGGCGCUGUUUCUGGCUAUGAGGAGUGGAGUCGACGCGAUGUCUCAAAGAAGAAGAAUCUGUCAGGAGGAAGAGGAGCAACAACCUAAGAUGAUGAAGAACAAGGCCGAUGAGGAGGAGUACUGGCACAGUUCCAAGUGUACGGCUUUCACUUUUGACGACGAAGAUGACGAGUUCAGCAGGCUGAAGGAGUCGAAGCUGGCGGUCAAUAGCAUCCGGCAGCUGGUGGAGGAAGACGAUGAUGACGACGUGGAGAAGGUCAGCUGGACCGGAGAGCCGGUUGGCAGUAUCUCCUGGUCCAUCAGAGAGAAUGCAGGCUCCAAUCAGAAGAUAGACAAAGAACCCGUCUUCCCCAGAAUCCCAACAGAACCUUCAACUCUCAACAAAAGUCAGUCUGGACUGUCCCUGAGCUCCCUGUUCAGAGGAAAAACCAAACCGGAAAACUUCCAGAGCUUCUCUGACGCGCUCAGUGACUCCGUCCGGAUCUACGCUCCCGAGUUACGGAAACCCAAAUCUGAAUACAAGGAUUACGUUUGCGAUUGGUCGCCUGAAGAAACGGUUCAAAGGCUGCUGCAAGGAAAGGCCGUGUCUCUGGAGAAGUUCCGUUCUCUGCAGGACAAACUGCUGCUGCUGGACUUGGCGGUUGCCGCUCACGAUGGGAACGUCAUAACUGCAGUUCUGAUCUACCUAAAGAGGUCUCUAAGUAAAGAGGUUCUGUUUCGGGAGCUGCAGUCCAGACAGACGGCUCUGAGGCAUUUCAUUCACUACCUGACUGAGAGCAGAGAGCAGAAGCUGCUGCUUGAGCUGCUCAGGGCUCUCGGCAGGACGGAGGAAAUGGCGCUGCUGCAGUAUAAUGAACACCUCAGCCUCACAGACGAGAACAAGAAGAGAGACUUCCUGAAGAGCUGUCUCAGCCUUCCGUUUUCUGCUGAAGACUCGAUCCACAUCCAGGAUCACUACACACUGCUGGAGAGGCAGAUCAUUGUUGAGGCAGCAGACCGGCAUGCGGAGCGUGGAGGAAAGGUGGAAAUAUUCCAGAGGUUUCCCAGAAAAGCUUCAAUCCUGAACAUGCCUCUGAUCACUACUUUGUACUACUGCUGCUUCUACCACUACGGCGAGCCCGAGGGGACCUUCAGCAGCCCUUUGAAUGUGCGGCAAACCUUCAAGAUCUCAGAGAAGCAGUACUUUGUGACAGCACUGGCGGCGAGAGCGAAGCUCAAAGCCUGGUCGGAUGUGGACGCGCUGUUUACCGGCAGGAACUGGUUUGGCUUUACCAGAAAGAAGUCUCCUCUGAGCUUCCAGAGGGUUGUGGAUAUACUGCAGAGAAACUCCGCCCCUACACAGGUGCUGCAGGACUAUGUUGCCCUAAUUGAUGAUGCAGAGCUGAGGAUCAGUUUGGCUCAAAAACUGAAAUGCCAUGACAUCGUCAUCAACACGUUUCGUGACAUGAAGGACCGCCAGAUGCUGCUGGCGUACCGAGGAAAGGUGGAGCCGGGCUCUGCACCGGAGAGGAAGAUUGAUGAUCUGCUCAACAAUCAGCAAAUUCGCUGGAAAAACUGAUGAAGCUGGACAACAGUGGACAUAAAAAAACCAAAACGCCCUCAUCAGUCGCCGUGACGACAAAUGUGCUGGAGCGCUUCUUCACCAGUAGGACGGUUGACUCCUCACACAAAGCACAAAGAAAGUCCUCACCAUGACUGCAUUCCUGAGACUUUUUGUACCAAUAAAGAUAAAAUAAAUUCAAAUGAAUCAAA